UUGUAGAUAGAGCUGGGACUAAUAGAGUUCUCAAUAAGUUUCUCAAAAUUGGCCUGAAAGACAACAAAUCUGAUCUUCACAGUGUUCUUAAAAUCACUGAACUCAGAUCCACUCAGAACCCGGAGAGGUUAGCAGUCAAAGAGGUUAAUCCUACUUUAAUUCUCAAAGAUAAGGCUCUAGAUGACUAUGAAGAUUCUAUAAUAAGUGCACAUUUUGAAAUGAAUCAGAAGUUCGACGACAACUCCCCUGAGAAUUUUAGGAACGUAGACAUGAAUGAGUCCCAAAUCCUUUAUACAAAUAAAGUUUCCCAAAAAGUCAAGAUCCUGUCUCCUGUUUUAAUAGAACCAUUCCUAAAGGACCAUCAAUGCGAUUUGUCAGUGUUCAGUCAGGAUAAUGAAGAAUUUCUUGAGAAGAAGUCUUCUAAAUUCAAAGCUGUCUUCAAUCACUCCUUAGAGAGAGUAAGGGUUAAGCAUAAUCACAGUUCUUUUGAAAGACCAAAGGUGCUUAAAAGCGUCUCCAAAAAUGGUAGAAUAACGAAUGCUUUAACUUCAUGAGCAAAGCCAAAUUCACACCUGAAUCAGCAAUAUAAAAGGGUUAUCUCACAAGCCGCUUCAGCAAUGUAUCCGUAUAAGAAUGAUUUCUUCCAAAAGUCUGUCUCAAUUACAACAACACAGGCUGAUUUUCCUCUUCUUCCUUCUCAAGGAGGCCAAAUUCCAAAGCCAAUAAAGGACCCUAGAUACCGAAAAUUUCAUAAAGGGUUUCGAAAGAGCUUUGGAAAUAAUUCUACUGGGGAGAACUCUAAACGGACAUCAUAUCCAACAAAUUCUCCCACUUGAAACUUACUAUCCCUCGUGAGUCCUUCUCCAGCUAGGAGUCCGAUCUACCAGCCGCCUUACAAGAUGACUAACAGCAGGAUCCUAAAAUCUUAAGUCAUUUACAUAAUAAGCAAAAGCCCAUAAAUCCAGUAAUUCUAAAUUUUCUUAAA